GCCCCUAUGGAAGCGACAUGUUAGUAUGUGAAGUGCAGAAGGGAAAAUGCCCUUCUCCACCGGGUGAUCAUACUGCUGCAAAGGCUGAGGGAAGCAUGGAGCUCAGAGAUUACUAAAGACACUGGGCCAGUGGGCGCUGACUGGACCCUGUUUACACAGGGCUGGGGCUCAAUGUGAGCAGCAGUUCAGCAGUGUUGUAGCCACUGCCAAGCUGAGAUGUCAAUGAGACGGACGGAGGGGGUGUCCAUUGUCCAGGCCUUGGCCAUGACUGUGGCUGAGAUACCUGUGUUUCUCUAUUCCACCUUUGGCCAGUCCAUUUUCUCCCAGCUGCGUCUCUCGCCCAGCCUAAAGAAAGUGCUGUUUGCCACAGCGCUGGGAAGCGUGGCCCUUGCACUCACUGCCCACCAUCUGAAGAGGCGUGGUCGCAAGAGGAAGCAGGUGGCCGCCGCAAAGGAAGCCCAGAAAGCUCCGGCCGUGCCUGAGACCUUACUGAGAGCAGGGAGGCAGUCGUCACUCAAGAGAGGCCAGUUUCCAGGCCGGCAGGUGAUGAGCCCCAGCACCAGGAGCAAUGACACCAUGAGUGGCAUUUCCUCCAUUGCCCCGAGCAAGCAUUCAAGUUCUUCUCACAGUCUGGCCUCUAUGCGGGUUCCACUGUCACCAAGUCAGUCAGCAAACCCGACCACCCCUUGGGAGACGGAGCCAGUGGAAGAAGAGCCGGGAGCAAUGGAGGAUUCCAAUGCAGAGAACCUGUAUAUCAUUGGAAUGGAGCUGUUUGAGGAGGCGUUGCAGAAGUGGGAGCAGGCCCUGAAAAUUCGUCACGGGAGCCAAUCCGGAGUCUCGGACAGCUCCAGCCUUGUCGCCAAGGGGGCAGCGCUCCCUGAGAAGCCAGCGACUGAUACGAAGAAUAAAGUCUUUGCAGAGAAGCUGGAGACCCUUCUGCACCGGGCGUACCAUCUCCAAGAAGAGUUUGGGACUACCAUCCCUCCGGACAGCCUGCUGACAGACUUUGAGAGCGAAGGGACCCUCAUCCUACCCCAUGUGGAAAGCCUGAAUCGAUUGAGAGAGGACGAUGCCUCCACUGUUUCUUCUGAAGACUCUUUCUUUUCUGCAGCUGAGCUGUUUGACGCAUUCUCGCUGGAGGACGCGUACCAGCCACUGAGGCCUGCGGCUCUGUAUGAAGAAGCGCUGGCUCUGGCGAGGGAGCGCAGCGUGUACUGCAGAUCUCUCAGGACGGAGCUCUUGGAGUGCUAUGGCGAUGAGGACUUCCUGGCAAAACUGCACUGUGUGAGACAGGCCUUUCAGGUGCUCCUGCUAGAUGAGACUCAUCGGGUGUUCUUCUGCGAGACAGGGAAACAGAUGAUCACAGGACUCAUGUGCAAAGCCAACAAGAGCCCGAAGGGAUUUCUGGAGAGCUACGAGGACAUGCUCCGCUACACCCAGAGGGAAGAGACGUGGCCUACCACCAAGAAGGAGCUGGAGGGGCGGGGGGUGGUAUGCAUGAACUUCUUCGACAUUGUGCUGGACUUCAUCCUCAUGGAUGCUUUCGAGGACCUGGAGAGCCCGCCCUCCUCAGUGGUGGCUGUGCUCAGGAACCGCUGGCUCUCCGACAGCUUCAAAGAGACGGCACUAGCAACUGCAUGCUGGUCCGUUUUGAAGGCCAAGAGACGCCUUCUGUUGGUUCCCGAUGGCUUCAUAUCACACUUUUAUGCCAUUUCUGAGCAUGUGAGUCCAGUUCUGGCUUUUGGAUUCCUGGGUCCCAGACAGCACCUCGGUGAAGUGUGCACCAUCUUCAAGCAACAAAUUGUACAGUACCUGAAGGACAUGUUCGACCACGAUAAAGUUCGCUUCACGACCGCUCAGUCACUGGCGGAUGACAUUCUCAGCCUGUCUCAUCGGAGGAGCGAGAUCUUGCUGGGAUAUCUAGGCAUCGACAGCCUCCUGGAGGCUAACGGCAGUCUGCCCGUUGGGCACGGUGGAUCUGCAGAGCACCAGAGUGAUGGCCAGGACUAGCGUUGCGGCCGCAGGACUCGACCGAAACGUUCAGUAUGAUUCCAUCUGUCCUCAUCCUGGGAUAAUCACUUUUUAAAACCUUCAGUGUCGUGUCUGAGAUCCCCCUGCUAUUUCAGCCUGUAGAAAACCUGAGACGCCGUCUUUUCACAGAACUGGGGGUAAACAUUUUGACCCGGCAUUGGCCAAAUUAAUGACUUGCAGUGUAUCCAUCAAGUCCAUGACUGACUACCUAUUUACUCCCAUGGAAAAAGUGGUUUGACUUUUGAAAGAAGGAACUGCAUGAUAAUUAAAGAAGAGAGUGUCUCAGUUCAAGGGGCUAUGUAAUAAACUGCUUCAUGAAAUCCAUCAUGGUUCUGAAAGUGGCAUGGGUGGUGAUUGCUCCUCUGCGUAUCUCCUCCUGUCAGUGUGAGGUAAAAUGUGUGAGAAUGAUCAUGCAAACCACUGUUAUGCUGCUAUGUUCACGCAAACAAGUGUUUGCAAAGACUGUGUUAAACGUCAACAUUAUGGCCUGUACUGCAGAUUCUGGGGUGAGUAGUAACAUUCCAGCGACUGACUCCAUAGUCAACUCCAGAGAAACCUGUGAAGGUGUGGCCUCAAAGCAGCAAAUCCAUACAAGAGCAAAACCCAAUCCCAUUUUUUUUUCCUACCUGGAUAAUUGAUUCAUGAUUAUUCUGGUGUCGGCUUGUUGAUGCUUAUUCUGGUCUUCUGUUGUAAGGUCAGCCCACCGUGUUUGUGUGUGGUGAUUCACCAGCCAGAUUUGCGGUCUACAAAUUUCCCCCUAAAUGUAGGAACAAACAUGCUUCAACACUUGUGGUAAAUUGUUUCUUCUAAAACUGUCUCUAUAGUAACUUGUGAGAUGUUAGAAGUGGUUCCAUUAAUCAGAAUAUAAAUCAAAAUUUCUGGGCCAUGGUUAAAAAAAGGUUUGUUGAAUGAACACAAAGGGCAUUAUGCUGACUUUUCUAUGUAGGACUUCACAACAUAAAUGCUCCUAUGUCACUGAUAUCUAUAACCUAAUCUCCCUGUCUACUUUGAGCAUAUUUGCACUAUUUUCUUUUUCCUUAAUUUUUAGUAAAGUGGAAUCUCAUGUACUAUGAGAUAUUCAUCAUUAAAUCAAUUGGAUAAUAUUUAGUUUUCUUUUGUAUUUGGUCAGUUCUUCAAGUGGAAGUGGGAAGUGUCCUCUAGAAAUAUUUAAUAAGGAAGCUACUGCAUAUUUACAGAUAAACUAAUCAACCCUGAGGGGAGUGAUUAUGGUUUUAUGGGAAUGUCAUUGAAAAUGUUUCUGAAUUAUAGAUUAACUGCAAUCUCAAUCAUUUGGUAGAACAAUCCAUUAUGUAUUGUAAUUUAAUGUUAUUAUUGCUACAGCAAUAUUAUUUUUGGGAUGGAGGGGGGUUGUCCAACACAAGCUUGUAGUUGUCAUAUUUUAGAAAUGCAGUAUGUGGAAAGAUAUGAGAAUGGAGCAUAAAUAAUGACUUGACCAUUGUCUGUAUUUGACAGUCAGUUUGACUGUUAGGUUGAACAAAUAAAAGGAAAGACAAAUUUAAAGUAUAUAAAAGAUACCCACUGUAAUCAAAUGCAAAAUAUUUUUUGCAUGUGGACAUUUACUCAAUUGAUCUAUUUACAGUAAGAAUAUUUUCUAAUGCAUCAUAACUCCUUAACAAUACUGUACACAUUAGGUAGGCAAUGGAAGUUUAGUAUGAUGAUGCACUGAACUUACUUGAAGCCCAGUCAGUGCUUCAAUAUUAAACAUCCUAUAAAUUAUCAUUGUGCCUCCUGACAAGGAGACAUGGCGACAACAAUAAACUGAAUAUGUAUCAUUCGGCAGCAUUGGCUUUAAGAUGUUCCAGAGUAUGUUACAGAGAUUUGUGCAUAUAUUAAUAGACUGCACAGAUUUAUGCACUGAUUUCAGAAUCCAGGUCUUUGUACCUUUUUAAACUGUAUGUAAACAUCCUUUCCUGUGCAUUUAGUUCAUUGAAUACAGUUAGUUAAGUCAUUAAUGUUAUUUAUUUGUUAAUGUGUGUGUGUUAUGGGUAUGCCUUUGAGAUUUUACGGCACCCUGGCAUUUGAGAGAUGCAGGGUUGUUUAAAUGUUUAUGCUUUUUUUUGUUUCAGGAUGUGCCUGUAAAUUGAUAUUUUUUUAAAACUGUUCAUCCUUAGGCCUUUCCCCUCAUCACACCUGAAACAUUGGAAUCCGAUUCCUUGGAAUUUGCUGAGACAAGCAUGACUUUUUAUGGUGGCCAAAGUUAUUUUGUUGUUGAAGCACUGAACUAUAAAUACUGCUUUAAGUGUCCUAUCCAUGCCUUUGUUUUGUAAUCAUGUAAUGCCAGCAAAAUUGUGUCAUUGUGAGUAAUUUGUUUUCAAAUUAAAUCUGUAUUUCUUUUGCCUUUUGUCAAGCCAGCAUGAAUGAAAUGCCUGUCUGUGUAAUUCAGUGUUUGCAUUAUGUUGUCUAGUUAUUCAAAGACAAGUUACACUUUCAGUACACCAUGACAAUACUGAAGUGUGUUGCAGAAAAGACUGUGCUGCAUUGUUAAAAUCAAAGUAAGGUUGUGUGUCAUCUAUUUGUGGCUACAAUUACCUCAUGUAUAGCUUUAUUCAUUUUGCAUCCAAUUCAAACUUCAGAUUUUGCUUUCUGAUGGCAUAUUUAUAUACAGAAUGGUUGGUAAUGGUAACUUGUCUGGGCAGGGUUAUUGUCCAUUGCUUUAUAUUCAAAUUACAGUCUCUAAUGUCGAACAUACAUAAUGAUUUUAAAAUUGAAAGGGAAUGCAUUGUCAUGCUAUACAAGUUUCUUUUUGGGCUGACAGUCUACAUGCAUGUAUAAUCAGGGAUUUGGAUGUCACACCACCAAGAUGUUUAUAUGAUAAUAUCAUUACGAGGCCCGCUGCUUUAAGACUAGAUUACUCAAAUGUUUUAAAAAUACAGUACAGAACUUUGAAUCACACAGUUCACUUGUACUUGAUUUCUGUACUGCUGUUUCUCGUGGUACUACGGGUCUGAGAGGAGGUUGAAUUGAAUGUGCGUUUUUGUGUUCGGUCUUUCUUGACUGGUCCUUCACAAGAAAUACACAGCGCCUUCAUAAGUACUUAGUCAAACUGUAACAACUGUAAGUGGUAUAUUUGGUAUAUAUGUAAGUGGGUAUAUUUUGGGUUGAUGGACUGAUGGAGCAAGUGGCAUCAUGAUGACAUACCAAGCAAGAGACGGGGUACCCAUUUUCUUAUGAGGGACCAUUCAUAGAAAUUGUGUUUUUGCCACAAAUCAUAUUUAUUUAUAUGUUAAAGGUGUGAAGAGUAAACUAACACUGCUUUUUCCUCAAUUUAAGGGAAAAAAUCCGCUGAUUGAGCAGCAUUUAAAAUUACAGUUAAUAGUUUAUAGCUCACUUACUCCUGCAACGCAAUGACAGCGUACUCACUUUACCACUAGAUGGUAAAACAGUAGGAAAUGUAUUGAAAUAAUCUGGUUCUAAACGGUGAUUAUUUUAUGUAUUUGGAUUUUAUGUAUUUGUAAUCUUGCUGAAAAUGAUUGCGCUGCUUAUUUUUUUUGGCAAUCCAACAUCAUGAAAGAUUUGCGAUCUUAUGCCAUAUUCUAUUUCAGAAUUGAUACAAGUUUAAUUGAAAGUUAUGGGUAACACCUGAAAGUAAUCCCUGCAUGAUUCAGCUCAAAUUUAGAAAAUCUAUUAAGUAAGAGCAUUCAGCGCAUUUCAUUCUUCCAUUUCAAUGAGAUAUUGCAAUAUGGCCUGCCACGCUGAAGCACAGUAAGCUACUUUGCCUUAAACAAGUUCUCACCUGAACCAACCAUUUGACAGGCUGGUACACAAUAGAUUCCUUAAAAUGUACUGAAUGGUGGAGUAGCAUUAGGUGUGUAUAUGUUCAGGCUGUGGAGGCACAUUUUAUGGUUUGCCUGUUUUUGUUUGUUUUUCUACUUCAUUCACCUUAGUUACUUGUGCUGUUUGUCAAAGUUGUUGUUUACGAGUUGGCUAAUUGGUUUCUUUUUGUGUUUACCAGUGUGUUAAAGUAAUCAUCUGUACUGUGGCUACAUGUCUAUGUGUCCCAUUUACCUCUUCCCCCGUGUGCCAGAAAGGUGAAAUACCAUAUGGGCUGGGUAAUAUUGUGACCCGAAUGGUGCACAGUAAAAUAACCUUGUUCCUUUACAAGUGCAGACUUGUGAAAUGUCCUUAAUUUGAUUGAAUAAAAUGCAUAAUUUAUGGAG